GCGACCAGAACACUACCAUGGCUGGUCGCAUCGUCAUCUUGAAGCGGCAAGAGGUGAAGCCGAGGAAGGCGGCUCAGGUUGCGGCCACGCCGGCGGCAGAAAAGGUAAAGGAGCCAAAGGUGGCAAGGCAAGCGCUGACCUGGCCCCGACGCGGAAGCUGGAAGCGCAUCUGGCCGCAACCGAAAGCUUGACGGAAGUUCUCUACGUGGAAGCAUGGGGCGAGAUCGGUGACCAGCCUGCGCAGAAGUGUGCCGUGGGAGAUGUCGUGGCUAUUCAGGGCGGUUCCUUUGUGGCAACGCCCGCGCAGUAUUCCACUUCGCGUCUCCACUACCACCUGCGGCUGAAAGGCGCUUAUAGUCGAGUGAAGGACCGGCAACGGAUCUGCGUGGCGGUGAGUGUGGUGGAGAAUCCUGGCACAAUCGAACGACAGACCAAGGAUGGCCCGGCAAUGGUGUGCAAUGCCAUUGUGCAGCAGGGCGCAACCCGCGUCCGCUGCUCCUUCUGGCAUGAGCAAGCACAGGAACUGGCGGAGCAGGCGGCGGGCGCUUGUCUGAUGCUUUAUCAGGUUCUGAUAAGCAAACGCAAGGACGAGAACUCAUGGGAAAUCGGCAGCUGGCGUGGCACAACCAUCCUGCCGUGUUCGCCGGAAAUGGUUGCAGUGCUGCGCUUGGGCCGCAGUGUGUGCGCGAAAGGCGAGCUGGCGCACAAAGACAAUUGCCGCAUGCUGACGGAGAUUCCUGUGAAGGAUUGGAUCGGUUGCCCGGCCACGCCAUCGUCACUGAGCAGUUUGGUGGGAGCGAUAGUACCAGGACAGCUCCGGAAGUUGGAGACGGUCUUUGAGGUGGUGGGUCUGCAGGUGCUUGGCAUCUCGUCCGUGAAGAGCGAUACCGAUCAGUGGCUCAUCGAUUCUUGUGUCAAGUGCAAGAAAGCGGCGCCGUGCGAGGCGCACCCUACCGAAGGCACAGAGAGGCGCUUCGCUUUGCGGUUGACUUUGGCCGACUCGAACUGCCAGUGCACUGUCGUCCUCUACCACGAGCUGGUCCUGCGAGCGGCCGCUGACAUGGGUGCUGCCCUGCCGGAGGGAGUCCAAGAUACGCAGCCGGUGCGUGCCCAGCUCCGUGAUCUCUUUCGCGCUGCGCAGUGGCUCUGUCGCUUCACCUUCCGGGAGAACGAUUACCAGCAGACAUUGGAGAUGGAAUGUCGACACCUGACGCCUUGUCUGCGUGCCAGCCGAGCUGAAGCUGUCGUCGCACCUGAAGCCCUGAACAGGAAAGUGUCGCAUUGCCAGAUGAAGAACGGUUGCCCAGUCGCGCCAUUGGCUACGUUGCAGGUGGAUGCCCAGCUUGGCUUGAUUUCGGUGGAUGACGUGGAAGCCAGCUUCGGAUGCUUGGUGGUCUUCAAUGACGACGAGCAGCUCCCCGACGUCCACCUCGGCAAUGCGCGUCAAGCGCUCCGUGGACUGCGUAUACUGUCUGCCCCGGCUGCCACAGGCGGGCCAAGCCGGGUGAAGCUGCAUUGUGCUGGCCCUGCAUCGGCAGUGGCAUGGCUGCUGCGGGGCAACGUGGGCGAGGCGCAUUUCGUGGUGCUUGCUCACACCUCAGAUGCUGGCGAGUGGAGCGUGCUGUGGCACGUGCCAGUGGAAGCACAUCGUGUGCAGGGAGUCAAGAACUUCAAGUCAAAAGCCAACAAACACCCACCUACGACCAGGCAUGGACUCCAAUGA